GGGGUGACGCGUUCCCCGCCGCCGCGGGGCUGCCGCGCAGCCCGAGCGCUCCCGCCGGCUCUGUCCCCCCCGCGCCGCUGGCGGGGCCGGAGGCGGUGCCUGCUCCGCAGAGCAGGCGGAAGGAAAGGGCCGGCCGCAGCCUCAGGCGAGCCGGGGCGCUGCCGGGCCGAGCUGCGGGGGAUCAGCGCUACAGCGGAGGCCGAGCUCCGGCCGACCCGCUGUAAGCCCGGGGCCGAGCGCCGGGGGAGCGCCGCCGCUGCCGGGCCCUGAGCGAGCGGCCGGGCCGCGGUGCGGAGCCGCUCCCGGGGCCGCCCCGCGCCGAGCAGCCAAUGGUGGUCGGCGGGGCGGGCUGCGCGGCGCCUUAGCUGCGUUGUGCAACGCGCCGGGCUUUGAAGGCAACCAUCACUCCGCGGAGGCUGGACUCAUUCGGCGUCUGUCACGACACGGCGUUCGGCGGGGAGCUGGGGCCGCUGGCGGCCCCAUGAAGAGCCGGGGGCGCCGCCCCCGCUAGGACCGGCGCGCAGCGGUGCCUCCGGCGGGGCACGAUGACCCACAUGCUGCAUGCAGUGGCCCGGCGGGUGCAAUGGAGCAGGGCGGGCACCGCCAAGAGGGCUGCGUGCCUGCUGGCUGCGGCGUACGGACUGAGAAUCCUCUACCCCAUCGUCCGCAGGCGCAUGAGGCGGGAGGGUGGCUCGCAGGGGGCCGACCGGGCUGGAGGGGGCCGGGGGGUGCCGCACGGCGCCGGCAGCCCGGGCAAAGCCUCCCCGGCCGUGGACGCGGAAUUUUUCAAGCAGCUGCUGGAACUUCGCAAGCUGUUCUUCCCAAAGCUGGUGAGCGGCGAGUUGGGCUUGCUCUGCCUCCACUCAGUCGCCCUGGUUUCCAGGACCUUCCUCUCCAUCUAUGUGGCUGCCCUCGAUGGGAAGAUUGUGAAAAGCAUCGUGGAAAAACAGCCCAGAAGCUUUGUCUUCAAAUUAAUCAAAUGGCUGAUGAUUGCGAUCCCAGCCACUUUCGUGAACAGCACCAUACGGUACCUGGAGUGCAAGUUGGCCCUCGCGUUCCGCACGCGCUUGGUGGAUCACGCCUAUGAGACCUACUUUGCCAACCAGACGUACUACAGAGUGAUCAGCAUGGACGGGCGGCUGGCCAACCCUGACCAGUCCCUCACCGAGGACAUCAUGAUGUUCUCACAGUCGGUGGCACAUCUCUACUCCAACCUCACCAAGCCCAUCCUGGAUGUCGUGCUCACCUCCUACACCCUCAUCCGCAAAGCGAGGUCCCGGGGGGCGAACCCCAUCGGGCCCACGCUCCUGGCCGGGCUUGUUGUCUACGCUACAGCCCGUGUGCUCAAAGCCUGCUCGCCCAAGUUUGGCAAGCUGGUGGCUGAGGAGGCACACAAGAAGGGCUAUCUACGCUUCAUGCAUUCACGCAUCAUUGCCAACGUGGAAGAGAUCGCCUUUUACCGAGGGCACAAGGUGGAAAUGAAGCAACUGCAAAAAAGCUACAAGUCUUUGGCAGAUCAGAUGAAUCUCAUUUUGUCCAAGCGUUUGUGGUACAUCAUGAUAGAACAGUUCCUGAUGAAGUAUGUCUGGAGUAGCUGUGGGAUGAUUAUGGUUGCUGUGCCCAUCAUCACUGCAACGGGAUUUGCAGAUGGCGAAAUGGAAGAUGGCCAGAAACAGGCGAUGGUUAGUGAAAGAACAGAAGCUUUUACUACAUCACGAAACCUGCUGAUCUCUGCAGCAGAUGCUAUUGAAAGGAUUAUGUCUUCAUAUAAAGAGGUUACUGAGCUAGCAGGCUACACCGCCCGUGUCCACAACAUGUUUUCGGUCUUUGAUGAGGUGAAGAGAGGCAUCUACAAAAGAACUGCUGUUAUUCAAGGGUCUGAAAACAACAGCAAGAAUGAAGAUAAAGCAGAAUUACACAUCGAUGGGCCCUUAGAAAUCAAAGGAAAAGUUAUUGAUGUUGAACAUGGAAUUAUUUGUGAAAAUGUUCCUAUUAUUACUCCGAACGGCGAUGUGGUGGUUUCCAGGCUAAACUUCAAAGUUGAGGAGGGGAUGAAUCUUUUAAUCACUGGACCCAAUGGCUGUGGAAAGAGUUCACUCUUCAGAAUUUUAAGUGGUUUGUGGCCUGUGUAUGAAGGAGUUCUCUACAAGCCCCCUCCGCAGCACAUGUUUUAUAUACCACAAAGACCCUACAUGUCCAUUGGAACAUUACGUGAUCAAGUCAUCUAUCCAGACUCAGUAGAUGACAUGCAUGAGAAAGGCUACCAAGAUAAAGAUCUGGAAUGUAUCCUGGAUGUGGUUCAUCUGUACCACAUAGUUCAAAGAGAAGGAGGCUGGGAUGCCAUCAUGGAUUGGAAAGAUGUCUUAUCAGGAGGAGAAAAACAAAGGAUGGGAAUGGCUCGGAUGUUUUACCAUAAGCCAAAAUACGCAUUGCUGGAUGAAUGCACGAGUGCUGUAAGCAUUGAUGUUGAAGGAACGAUAUUCCAAGCUGCAAAAGCUGCUGGGAUAUCCCUGCUUUCUAUAACACACAGACCUUCUCUUUGGAAGUACCACAGUCACUUGCUGCAGUUUGACGGCCAAGGCGGCUGGCGUUUCGAGCAGUUGGACACCGCCAUCCGUUUGUCACUGAGUGAGGAAAAACAGAGACUGGAAUCCCAGCUCGCAGGAAUUCCUAAAAUGCAGCAGAGACUGAAUGAACUGUGUAAAAUCUUGGGAGAAGACUCGGUGCUUAAAACAAUGGACAAAGAGGAAUAGAUAAUCUAUGUUUUAUGUUUUUAAAAGUAUUUUUUUAGUUAAAAGCAUUACAAAUUCAGCCAUUAUCCUUUGCAUGCAUUGUGAUAGCAUAGAGAAACACAGCCAGCAGAAAAUAAUGCUCUGAAUGCUAUGUAAGACUUUAGCGUUUUAGUAUUAAGGAAGAAAGUGGUUGAACUGUGAAAAGAAAAUAAGCAAGUGCACAGAGUAUAAGAUUAGUCAUUGCAGCUUAUGUUAAUUCCUAGUGAAAGCCCGAUUCACUGCAAAAAAACUACCAACACAGUUAGGUUUUGUAGGUGAAUUUUUGCCUGAGACUCAGCCUGCAGAAUGUGCUCUUGUGGCCGGUCUCUGUGUGCGUAUGAAAUGCCUGCUACGCAGAGCAAACCUGGCAUGAAACUCGGGCAUGGAGCGCGGCAGAGGCAGCAUCCGCUGAGUGUGCAGACGCAUACAAAAGUCUCAUUUGGGUAUAAGAAACGUUCUUUCAGCCCAUGUAAAUCCAAAUCCCUGUUCCACUACUGAGUCGCGUACACACCUUUACCUGCAUUUUCAUAGGAAAUAACAUAAUAGGUUGAUCAGAAGACGACCGUCCCAGCAACUCACUGCCCUUGUGACAGAGCAGCAGAGAUAGAGCUAAACAUGUAAUAUACUUGUGCUGUACUUUAUGCCUUUAUGCGUAGCUUCAGAGGCUCCUCGCACUUCGUAAUGCAUCAGUUCCUUUGGGGGAUUGUUCUAUCCCCUGUUUAGUAACAUCUUGUGUGGGAAUGGUGCACUGGGCCUGGCACCAAGUGACUUAGUCUCUGCUUGACUGAGUUGCUCAUGUGAUCCAACCUGUGUCCAUCUCUGACCCAUUUCCUCCUUUGGUAAAGUGACAAUAUAGACACUUGUUUGUUCCAUGGGAUGCUUUGUGACUGAAGGACUGUAGGAGAGAAAAAUGUCAGUUGUCACAAUACGCUGAAUUCUCAGGCAUGGCUGUCCUGCCAGUUAAAGUGCUCAGCACUUAUAAAGGUCUGUGAAAAGUUGAAGUAUGUUGUAACCACUAAUUAAUAUGCUUGCCCUAUUUUGGUAAAGUGGCAGAACCCUGCUCUACCUGUGAGUAAAGGCAGCAGUUAACAGCUUUGCUUUCAGAUGCACUCACUAAUGGUCCCAUCUGCAUUUCAGUUCAGUAGGAACCUGGUCCCCAGUCAGUCAGACAGGGCUUUAAACGUAAACUCCUAAGACAGUGCUGGCCUGAGUGCCCCGCCGGAGGCAAAAACCAGUGAAUUAGAAAUAAAAGUGUGAACGGAGCUCCUGAUCUGCUCUCUCUGACUGCAAGUGCCGGCAAAUGGGCAGCUCAGGAGUGAAGAUCAGGAGCUUUCAGAUGGUAAAUGAGCCUUAGCAGAGAUGUAGCAGUCCUGAAGUUUGUUGGUUCUUUUUUCCCUAGAAGUGUGAUUUGUUAGAAGAUGUCUGUCUGGUGUGCUUAGUCUGAGAGAGGCAAUGCAUAAGCUGCUGAGAACUGUUAAGAGAGGAGAAAUAUUUUGGGGUAUUUGCUGAGCUGGUAAUGUUUGAGCACCUUGAAUAGAAAUUGUUUCCUUUUUCUCAUAGCUUCAAGAAUCAAGGGUAAGAUGAAUUAACUCCAUCCGCCAAUUCCCAUCCCACUGCACUAACCAAUCAGCCCAUCUUCCUUCUCACUGCGUGCUCGUCUUGCUGCUUGGUGUGGCACCUCCACCCAAAAAUGGAAUAAGUCUGCUCCUGGUUCUGCUCCUCUGGAGUCUGUGGCUUAAAUGUAACCCUGUAACUUGUCCGCAUUACAACAGUUUGUUCCCCCCGUUAGUUUUCUCUGUAGAGUCCUGUGGGAUGUCUCUCUGACCCAGAAAGGAAUGCUCUUGGGAACCUUUGAAAGGGAUGAGAAAUUAAGGUUCAAGAUAAUCAGACGUUGUGUUGUAAAGUGCAGACUGGAGGUCACUGCUGUGGUGGAUGACGUGUGCAUGCAUUUUAAUUUGCGGGUGUCUCUGCUUGUCCCUCUCCCUGAAGGCUUACUUUCCUCUUUCUCAUCUUCAAAGAAAAAAUCAGAACUGCUAAGGAAAAAAAGAAGUCAGCCAAGAAUCUGUUCUUGGUGAGCAUAAAUGAGAUGAGUGAUGAUUUUGCACGUUUCUGAGUUAUGUUUCUCUGAGGUGGUGAUGAAUCAGGCACGCAGUGUGUGCAUGCCCUUGUCCCAGCUGCAGCGUGUCCUGCCAGCGCAACGCGCGACAGCCACCUCGCCACAAGGCUCUCGUGAGGCAGGAGCUGAGGGGGGAAGGGGCACCAGUGUUUCCUGUCCCCCCGUUAAGCGCUUUACCGUGGGGCUGGGAGCUAAACAAGGGUUGUCCGGUCCCUGAAUGAGGACACUGAACAGUGCUGAACAGCUGGCCCAAUUCAGCACAGCGCCAGGUGUGGCCUGCAGGCACUCGGCCUCCCACCAGGGCCCUGCCAUGGCACUUGGCUUGUUGGGAGCCAUCAUGGGCAAGUGCAGCACCUGAAAUCAGCUGCACCACCUCACAGAGAUCAAAGGUGGCCGUCCCUCGUGGCACAAUAGAAACACAUCUUCUGAGGAAACUGUGUUUAGAAGAAGAAGGUUUGUUCACUGCUUUUUAAAUGAGAUUAUGCAAAAAAUAUUUGAUACGUACAUUACUCAUGAAACAUUAACGAAACUGAAAUCACAUCAAUGUAAUAGUGUUUUCCUUGAAGUUUGAUACAUGUUUCUUGGAUCCAGUAACAGAGUUAACCAUUCCCAUUCAGUAAUACAUCGUAAAAUAUCCUAGCAUCUCACUCAGCUAUCUACUUCCUUGUAGACAUGACAAGAGCAUUGGAGGCCAGUAUGAAAAGAGACUUUAAAUAGAAACUUUCUGAAUAACACCGAGCCAGUUGUAGAAGGAUUUUCUGUACUGGUGGCUCAUUAUUUUUAAAGUUAGUUUUGUGGCUGGAAGAGGAACUUCCCUGGAGAUUUUAUCUGCAAACUUUCUAACUUGUUCCAAGGUCCAGUUGAAUUGGGGGUCUCUUCCUGGAGAGUUGCACCUCUGGUGUAAUAUGGGGCAUAAGCCAGCUCACUUUGUGCUGCUUCGGACUAAGGUGGGAAGCAGAGCAGAGCUGCACGCUCAGUGCGAGAGGGGCAGAGCAGGGCCGAUACCUUGGGGGAGUUCUUUUUCUUGGUGCAAUGAGAGCAGCUUGUCCAUGUUCGUUCCCUUUCUGGCCUUCAGGAGCUGUGACUCCCCUGGAUACUGAGAAAGUGGCUUUUUGGCCUCUCUUCUGGGGGAGCUAGCAGGAUCCAGCUCGUGUCACAGCAUCUAUGGAUUCAGGGCUGCAAAUGAGCAAUGCUCUCCAUGAACCCAGCCUCCAGUGAGGACCCCCUCGUCCCCCAGGACUUGAGGCAGAUUGGGCUUGCAGGGAUCCUAGAGGGUCCUGCAUCCUAGAGGAGUACAGCUGCUGACCAAAAUUCAUACCAGUAUCAGACGUGGAGUAGCUAUACAAUAAAAAUAUGAAGUAUCCGCAUCAGUUCAUUCAGAUAACCUUGGGAUUUUUUGCAAGAAUCUCAGCAUGGGAGGAAAUAUUUUUUGUGCAUGGGAUUUCAGUAUUUUAGUGUAGGAGGAGUUUCUUUUUCACUUAGUUUUGGGACCAGACUAAUUUCUAUUUUCGACUUGGAAGCCCUCCUUCUGCAGGGGUAGAAAACCCCACAUACCUUUUAAAGUAGUUUUUUGAAACCAGUGGGAUUCGUAUUUGAGUGAAGAAUGAAUGUGUAUUCAAUGGGAUGUUUUGGGAAAAAUUGCAAUAAAAGUUUUAUCCUAAAGGAAAUGAACACAUCUACAGUCCCCUCAACAUGUCUGAAUGAUAAUGCAUGUCAAAGUCAAGUUUAUGAGCCUGUGAUCAGAGAUUUCAAUCACACACAGAAUGAAAUCCCCCUACUGAGCUGUUCAUGAAGCUUAAGAGAACUGAACUGCUAAUUGAAUGUGUCUUUGUUUUGUUUUUGUUUGAUAUUAAUGCCUUUUAAGAGCAGACAAUUUAUAAAGCAAUAAAUUAUGCUUUACAGUUGUAAUUUAUUUCAACCUCAAAUAAACCAUGUUGCAUUUACUUUGA